CCAUCCUGGUGAGGGGGGCACUCUCCUCCUCCGGGAUCGCGCUUCCCCUCGCGGCGGUCUCGGGUCGGUCCCCAGCGCGGCGGAUCCGGAGCUUGGCACCCCGACGUACCAUGUUCCUCUGGAUCCGGUAAGUUCGCGGAGCAACUUCCAAGCUUCUCACUCGCUUUGCAGUGAGGAUCCCUACAAGUGCGUCCAAGAUCUUCCCCUCUGCGACAUUGGUGAUCCAUCUCCUCAACCGGACCUGUAAUGGUCGGUCACGGAAGGCGGUGGCCCCGAUUCAACACCCAGGACGGUUCCAUUGUCAAGAUCCGGUACAGAAAAGUGCUCGGCGCAGACGUCACUUGAAGAUCCUCUCUGUCCGACUUUGAUGCCGCGUAUCCUGGCGUCUGACAAGCUCGAGAGGGAUGCAGUCUACUCGUCGGGCUACCACUUCUCCUGCUUUGCGGAUGGGGCUUUGAAUUCGGGUAGUGUUCUAUCCCCUCGGCAUGCUGGAGGGCUCUCUGCUGCGCCGUGCUUGAGUGGACAACCAUCCCCUGCCGCUCCCGAUGUCAAUGAAGAUGGCUGGUCAGUUGUCCGACCACGGUUCUAGUGGCGCAAGAUCUUAAAGUAUCCUGAGAGAGCUCCACAAAAUCAUCAAUUGGACGUGAAGGGCACCAGUCUUUUCAAAUUGAAGCUCAAGGGUAAAUGCUACAACUGCCUCUCACCAGAACAUCUUGCUUUCCAGUGCUCGGUCCCUACAUGCUGUUGGCGGUGCUUGCAAUCCGGGCACCGGGCGUGGACUUGCAGCAAAAAAGGUUGCCAGGGAACAUUCAAAGCUGCUCGCUGCAUUCCUCAACCAGCCGAACAGUCAUCAAGGAGCUCCACCUACCAGAAGUUGUUGCCAACGUCCGACUGCCUCCAUAAGUACCAGGACCAUCCACAGGAGUUUUCACUUGGUCAGCCGCCUCUAUUACACAAGAAGUCCUACCUUCAGGCUGUUCGGGAAGGUCACGAUAUGGAGGCUCGCUACCCUGGUGAUCCUCAGGGAAGGCCGACUCACGUCUUCUGUGCGGUCUCGGCGACCGGCUCCUUUCGUCGCCGGAGGGACGAGUUGAUCGACAAGGCUGUGGUUUGCUCCUUUGAUGGCAACAACCAUGAAGUAGAUACUCUAUCCGCAGGAGAUAUGCUGAGGGAGAAGUUCAAUCUACAUCACGGUCAGUAUCAACUAGUCAAGCACUUUCCGGAGCAAUUCUUUAUUAUCUUCUCGGACCCAAGGUCGAAGCAGUGGGCGUUGGAUAGGAGAUCAGUCUCGUUUCGUGGCCGAAUUUUCCACUUUGGUGAUUGGUCGGAGGACAACUAUGCUAGGAAGACAAACUUUGAAUUUAGAGUUAAAGUCCAUGUCGAAGGGAUCCCGGUGCACUGUUGGGGGGAAGAUGUGGCUUCAAAGGCUUUGGGCAAGAGCUGCGCAAUCCACUAUGUGCAAGAGCGCACAAGGCGUAGGGAGCGUACUCGGUCUUUUGAUCUCUGGGCCUAGUGCUCUGACCCUUGUGACAUUCCUAAAGAGGUCAUGCUAACGGUUUUAGAGCCAGACAGAGAACUUCCACCAGUCAGCACGCCCUUAACUCUUGUUGGUGCCCAACACGAUGCUCCUGCUGAUCUGAAAGCUGGACAUGUCUACACUCUCCGCAACCACAUUGAGGUGGUGGAGGAUCUCUCAUUCCUCCGUGGGAGGGGAUCCAGGGGGACCGCCUAAUCGUAAGCAGCGUAGGGAGUUUGUGUGGAGCUAUGGCGCCCCGGACACAGUGGGCGAAAAAAGAGAACGUGCUGAAGCUUUCAGAGGAAGAGAGAUGGUGCGCCGUGACUGGGGUCAUGAUGAUGAUAAUGGGGAUUUCCACCGCGACAGACGCAGCGGCAACCGUCGACGUCGUAGCCUCUCUGGUUGGGCGCGUUCGUCGCGAUGCAGGGGGGAAUGGAUGACUGCUACAGCUCCAACGACAGGAAUGGGCACUCAACGCCCUUUCGUCGCCAUGGUCUGGGGAUGAUGUCGUCCUCGCGCUGGGUGCCCAAGGGGAAGGUCAGUUCUGUCUCUUUUGCAGACCCCGUUGUUACCGCUGUUUGGCCGCAGGUGGAGUGCCAUGGGUCAUCUGAAAAUGUUGGAGACAGACCCGGUUCGAUGGCCGCUGACAUCCAGGCUUCGUUGCACGGCCCUACUGCCACCACGCACAAGGUAAACAAUACAGUUGAUCUUGCUAAUGUUUUCACCACAAUCCACAAAAAGCUUAGACAGUGUGCCUGUUUGUUCCCCCGGCGUUGGCAUGAUCAAUCUGAGUACAACUUUACCGAACACUGCCCCAGCUGCCCAUCCGACUGAGUGUCCACCUCCCAUUUGCUUAGACAGUGUCCUGGAGAGUGGCCCUAGCGUUGAACCGAACUCUGCUUGGCUGACCAAUAGCUUAUCUGGCCAACAGACUAUGCUUUCAGAGUCACAACUUGUGAGUGAUGAUCGAGCCAUAGACUUCAUCAUGCCUGCUGCCGAUCUGGGCGGUCUGAUAGGUGUCUCAGCCACCCACGAUCCGACCGUAAUUGACAAUCAGGAAGUCAUGAGUGCUUCACCUUCCCCCGGAUCAGAGUACCAUCCGACAGACAGCACCAAACCGAUAGACUUCAUAGCGAUAAUAACCAAGCCGCCAGAGCCACCUUUGAUCCCUUCCCCACCGCAAUCACACCCGUUAAAACCUCAGAAGCAAUCUAUCACUAGAAGAUCAAGUGUUAGGCUGGCUGCAAAGAAAUGCAUUAAGACCGGGCGUAACCGGGAUGCAAUAUCCAAGGCCCAGGAAAUCAUACUUGCCAAACUUAACAAUUCGACAGCUAAAAAAGUUGACUGCUCUAGUUCUUCAAACUGUACUAACUUUGAUGAGUCAUUUGAGCAUAUGGCAAGUCUUCUCACAAAGCCGCUCUCCAAGAAGCAAAUGGAUGCAAUCAUGGAGCUGUUAAAUCAAGACAAGGUGAAGACAGCGAAGAAUAAAAAGAAGGGGAGAAAGGUGAUGCUGGCCUUCAAAACAGUCGAGGUGGGGGAGCACUGAGCUGCUCUGUCUGGACCGGUUGGUGGUGUCUUUGAUGAUCAAUGUGUUCUCAGAUGGUCAGACUCUCUCGGAGCGGAUCCAUUCCCUCCUCUCUCGGUUGUAUCUCUGCUGGCGUUCACAACAUGCCUUUGUAUCUCUAUACUUUCAGGUUGUCGUUUGGGGCCGGACUGUGUGUUAGUUUGUUACAGCAGGCUCCCCUGCUGAUCUACGUGUGGUGGCAGCAUAAUGUCUCAAGUGGAGUGGUUGUUUUUACCUUAUGAAUCCAAAGUGUGCUAUUUUUUCUUGGAAUGUUCGAGGGCUAAAUGACCACGCGAAGAGAGAAAGCGUUAGGCAUACAAUUCUGUCCACCGGAGCUUCCAUUGUUUGCCUUCAGGAGACAAAGAUUUCGAAUUGGACAAAUGUUUUAUUAAAGGAAACUGUAGGCGCCAAGCUUGCUAAUCAAUCUUUUCACUUGCCUUCUCUGGGCGCCUCGGGCGGCAUCCUUAUCGCCGCUGAUUCAGAUUUCUUUGACAUGGCUCUCUUACCAUGUUCAGCAGCAUAUUCUCUAUCAGUCAGGAUCAGCUCUAGAUCAGAAGCGGAGGUUUGGGACCUCACGGGGGUUUACGGGCCCCAGCUGGACAAUGAAAAAAAUGAUUUUCCUUUCUGAACUCCGUAACAUCCAAACCGUGGUCAAACCAGAAUGGGUAUUACUAGGUGACUUCAACAUGAUCAGGAGAGCAAGGGAAAAACAAAGGGUCAAUCAACAGAAGAGUUAUGAGACAAUUUAAUAACACAAUUGAUGACCUGCACCUCUUAGAGCUAGAGCUCACCGAUAGAGCAUUCACCUGGUCAAAUGAACAACUUAACCCUACCAUGACUAAGAUUGACAGAUUCUUUGCGACAACAGAGUGGCAUGACCUAUUCCCCUCGGCUGACCUACACUCCAUGUGCACCAUGACGUCGGACCACUGCCCUCUUCUAAUGCAAAGCCACUCUUUGGGUUCCUUAUACCAUGGGUUCAGAUUCGAAUCUUUUUGGCCUCAGAUUGAGGGGUUCAACGAGGUUGUCAAUCAAGCAUGGAACUCUACAGUAAAUACUGAUGAUGCCAUCCUUUGGCUUCAUAUAAGGAUGUCUCACACAGCCAAGGCUCUUUUGGUCUGGAGGCGCAACACUGUUGGCAACUUCAAAGUGCAGAUGGCCAUCAUUCAGAUCAUCCUCACUCUCCUGGAAAAAGCGCAAGAGAUUAGACAACUAUCCUUUGAAGAAUUGGAUUUCAGGAGGACUCUUAAAACCAAGAUUCUUGAUAUGGCCUCCGCGCAGAGGGCACGCGCAAGACAACACUCCAGGCUCACAUGGAUGCGGUUGGGAGAUGCUAACACUAAGUUCUUUCACCUGGCAGCCAAUAACAGAAGACGGAAAAAUUUAAUCAGAUCGUUAAUGAGAGAUGGCACACUGCUGACGAGUCAGGAAGACAAAUGAACGAGGUACAGCAUCACUUUAGCCAGGUGCUAGGCACGACAGGUAGGAGGAGCAGUGUUGUCCGAUGGGACCAUCUGGGGUACAUCCCUUUUGAGUUAUCUGAGCUGGACAACUUGAUUGAUGACAGUGAAAUCAAGAAUGUUGUGAUGGGGCUUCAAUCUGAAAAGGCCCUAGGCCGGACGGGUUCAUUGGGCUGUUCUACAAAAGCUGCUUCGAGCUGAUCAAAAAUGACCUCUCCAUGGCAAUAAAUGACUUUUUCCUUCAUAGAUCCAAAAGCCUGCAUCUGGUCAAUGAAGCAAACAUCAUCCUCAUACCGAAGGGGGAAAACGCGGACAGAAUUGAUAGAUUUAGGCCGAUAAGCCUGAUCAAUAGCUUCAUGAAAAUUAUAACAAAAAUCAUGACAAAUAGGCUGGCUCCAAGAAUGAACGAAAUUAUCUCCAAUGCUCAGAACGACUUCAUCUAGAACCGGUCAAUUCACGACAAUUUUCUAUAUGUGCAAAGGGUGAUUAUGAAUUUGCAUAGAAAGGGUAAUCCAGCUCUCUUCGUCAAGCUGGACAUCUCUAAAGCCUUCGACACCCUAAAUUGGGCAUAUCUUCUAGAUGUGUUAAGGGCCUGUGGGUUCUCCCUAAAAUGGCGCAAUUGGGUAGCGGAUAUUCUGAGAUCAUCAUCCUCAAGAAUAAUUAUCAACGGACAGCGUUCAAACGCGAUCAAACACAGGCGUGGGGUGCAACAAGGAGACCCGCUAUCCCCCUUCCUUUUCAUUUUAGCAAUGGACCCAUUACAUCGAAUGAUUGAGAAAGCUGCUGACAAGGGACUGCUUGGACAGGUUCUGCCUAGAGGGGCUAAGCUUCGAUGCUCCCUCUACGCGGAUGAUGCGGGAGUGUUCAUUAAAGCUGACAAAUCGGACUUGGAGGUGCUGAAAGAGAUUCUCAAUGCGUUCGAGGGAUGUUCAGGGCUAAAGAUCAACUAUGACAAAACAGAAAUUUUCCCAAUUCGGUACCCAACAUCAUCAUGGCCGGCACUUAAGGAGGUGUUUCUAGGCAAAUACUCUAACCUUCCCGAGAAGUACCUUGGGCUGCCCCUUCACUACAAGAAUGUGAAGAGGAUCGAUCUUCAACCUCUUAUUGAAAAAAUUAACAACAGGUUGGCUGGCUAGAAAGGAAAGCUGUUGUCCAAAGCUGGAAGAGAAACACUUGUAAAAGCGGUGCUAUCCGCACAGCCAAUCUACCAUCUAACGGUCUUUCCACCUCAAAAAUGGCUGCUGCAAACAAUUGACAAAAUAAGAAGAAACUUCCUUUGGAGAGGUAGCAACCCACAAGCUUGCAGCGGGGGACACUGCCUCGUCAAUUGGCCCACUACAUGCCUUCCAAAGAACAAGGGGGGUCUUGGAAUCCUAGACCUUGAUCGUUUCGCGAGGGGGUUAAGACUAAGAUGGUUGUGGCUACGAUGGAAGAGCAAAGACAGGGCGUGGACUGCCAUGGGACUUCCGUGUGACAAAACUGAUGAAGACCUCUUCAAUGCCUCCACAACUGUUAUGGUAGGCAAUGGAAAGAGAGCUGAAUUAUGGAAUUCUAGUUGGAUCCAAGGCCAAGCCCCUAGGAAUAUUGCGCCCUCUCUGUUCAAGAAGGCAAAGAGGAAGAACAUCACGGUCGCCAAAGCGCUCGCUAACAACAAUUGGAUUCGAUUAUGCUCCCCAUUCACAGGUGAGGGGGAGUUUAGUGAGUUCGCCUCCCUUUGGCAGGCCAUUGGUAGCAUGCAAGAGCUCAACGGGUUAGAGGACAACAUUUCUUGGAGAUGGACGACAGAUGGGCAGUACAGUGCUAGCAGUGCAUACAAAAUACAGUUCGCAUCCAAUUUCAGCAGAAUGAAUCUCUGCCCCAUUUGGAAGGCUAAAGUGGAACCGAAGUGUCGUUUUUUUGCUUGGACGCUACUUCAUAAGUGUCGGCGUUUCGACCCCGGGGGGUCCCUGGACCGAUGAGUAAAUUGUCGCCGCGUGUCCCAGCCCAGAUGGGUCGGCGCGAGACGGAGCACGAAGGGGGGUAGGAGAGAGGGAGAAAAGGGGAAACCCGCGACCUCUGUGUUGUCCUGCGCCUAGGUCGGGUGCGCUUGCAGUAGGGGGUUACAAGCGUCCGCGUGGAGGGGGGAGAGCGAGGGACCCUACGCGCCGUCCCGUCCUCCUGCGCGGCCAACCUUCUCAUAAGAGAGCCCUGGACCUUCCUUUUAUAGGCGUAAGGAGAGGGUCCAGGUGUACAAUAGGAGGUGUAGCAGUGCGCCAUCGUGUCUAGCAGAGAGGAGCUAGUGCCCUAAGUACAUGCCGUCGUGGCAGCCAGAGAGGUUUUAGCACCCUGUUCAUGUGAUGUCGUGGCCGUCGGAGGAGCGUUGGAGCCUUGCGGAAGGAUAGCUGUCGGGGCUGUCGAGUCCUUGCUGACGUCUCUUUGCUUCCGUAGGGGGCUGAGAGCCGUCGUCGUCAUGGAGCACGCGGGGCGCCAUCAUUAUCUGUUUACCGAGGCGAGCCAGAUGGGACGCCGGUCCUGUUACCCGUAGCCUGAGCUAGCUAGGGAUAGGGUAAUGAUGGCCCCUCCUGUGACGUGGUCGGUCCGAGCCCUGGGUCGGUCGAGGCGGAGGCUCCUCCGAGGUCGGGGUCGAGUCGGUCUUCUGAGGUCGAGGUCGUGUCCGAGCCCCGAGUCGGGCGAGGCGGAGACUGUCGUCCGAGGUCAAGGCUGAGCCCUGGGGUCGGGCGAGGCGGAGUUCGUCGUCUUCCGGGGCCGAGCCCGAGUCUGAGCCCUGGGGUCGGGCGAGGCGGAGUUCGUCGUCUUCCGGGGCCGAGCCCGAGUCUGAGCCCUGGGGUCGGGCGAGGCGGAGUUCGUCGUCUUCCGGGGCCGAGCCCGAGUCCGAGCCUUGGGGUCGGGCGAGGCGGAGUUUCCUAUGGCGCCCGAGGCCGGACUUGGCUGCUGUCAGCCUCACUCUGUCGAGUGGCACAGCAGUCGGAGCGACGCAGGCGGUGCUGUCUUCUUGUCAGGCCGGUCAGUGGAGCGGCGAAGUGACUGCGGCCACUUUCGGCUCUGUCGACUGAAGGGCGCGUGACAGGAUAAGGUGUCAGGCCAUCCUUGCAUUAAAUGCUCCUGCGAUUCGGUCGGUCGGUGUGGCGAUCUGGCCAAGGUUGCUUCUUGGCGAAGACUGGGCCUCGGGCGAGCUGAAGGUGUGUCCGUCGCUUGAGGGGGUCCUCGGGCGAGACGUGAAUCUUCCGGGGUCGGCUGCCCUUGCCCGAGGCUGGGCUCGGGCGAGGCGAGGUCGUGUCCCUUGAGUGGACCGAGCCUUGGCUUAAUCGCACCCAUCAGGCCUUUGCAGCUUUGUGCUGAUGGGAGUUACCAGCUGAGAUUAUGAGUCUUGGGGAUACCCCUAAUUAUGGUCCCCGACAAUAAGAGAAUACUGACUGCUGAUAACCUUCAAAAAAGAGGUUGGCCUUGUAACCCAAUAUGCUGUCUCUGCAACUCAGCCCCAGAAACAAUUAUGCACUUAUGCAAGGAUUGCCCCUUUAGUAGUGAGGUGUGGAACAAAGUUUUGUCUCGGGCCAACCUUCCUUUCCUGACUGGGCUUCCCAGGGGCACUUCCUUGUAUGAUUGGUGGACGGACCUGCGCAGUCUUUGUAGCAGACAGGUAAGAAGAGACUUCGACGGUCUACUGAUUCAUUUCUGGUGGAAUUUAUGGCUGGAAAGAAAUUCCAGAAUCUUUCAAGGCCAGCAUAGGGGUGUAGAUCAAGUUGUUCUGGUCAUCAUGGGCAAUGCUAGUAGCUGAGGCCUUGUUAGGUUUUAUCUAGUGGCUUUUUUGUUUGUUCCCUGUUUUUUCCUUUUUGAUUUCUUUCUAGUUCUUUUGAUUUUGUUUCGCUUCUUCUUCCUUUCAAUUACUUCGAGUCUGUUGUACCCCUUUGUUUCCUUUCUCAUCUAAUAUAGAAUGGAGCGGCAAGCCUUUUGCCCCUUCCUUUCAAAAAAAAAAAGAGAGUGGCUUCCCCGCCGAGCAAACAAGCGCUCAGUUUGACGUCCCUGGCCAUAUGAAUGUCUUACACGCGAACACAUGCAUGCUUGUAUUAUAACACAGCACCAUGUGUGCAUGCAGAGGCUGCCACUUUUCAGAACGUGUUGGUAGCUGGCCCACAGGCCCAGCCCAGCCUUUCUGAUCGAGAGACAUUCUAGACGGCGGCGUGCACGCAUGUUACUAUGUUAGUUCUUGUAGUUGUAGCUAGCGUAGCGUAGUUGACACGUACCAGUACCAGCAAGCCGUUCUUGCUCUGACUGGCAAUGUCAGAGUCGCAGGCAAGCAAGCACACGACGACGACGGUCACUCAACAGAACCAUGCGCUAAUGCAUGGUGUGGCUACUGGUGGCUAGCCUAUAUAAGUAAUUAACGACGCUCGCAGAAGCCGAGCAACUUGUCCACGGCGGCCAUCCGUCAUUCCACAGCUUUGCUCUCUCUCUCUCUCUCUCUCUCUCUCUCUCUCUCUCUCUCUCUCUCUCUCUCUCUCUCUCUCUCUCUCUCUCUCUCUCUCUCUCUCUCUCUCUCUCUCUCUCUCUCUAUCCAUGGCUGAAUCGGCGCCUCGACUCCUCGUCCUCGUCUCUCUCGUGGCGGCGCUCGCCAUGGCCACUGGGCCAGCGGCAGCAGCGCACGCAGGGGGCCGCAGCCGCCUCAUCCACCUGCACUUGUACAUGCACGACAUCACGGGCGGCCCGGGGCAGACGGCGGUGCAGGUCGUCAAGGGCCCAGGGCCGGCGCACCCGGCGAUGCCCGGCUACCACUUCGGCGACACCACGGUGAUCGACGACGCGCUGACGGACGGGCCCAGCGCGUCGUCGUCGCGGCUCGUCGGGCGCGCCCAGGGCACCUACAUGCUGGCGUCGCUCACGGAGCCCGUGCUGGCGGUGUCCAUGACCGUGGCGCUCACGGCCGGGGCCUACAACGGCAGCGCCGUCGUCAUCGUGGGCCGCGACGACGUCUCGGCGGGCGUCAGGGAGCUCGCGGUGGUCGGCGGCACCGGCGCGUUCCGGAGAGCUACGGGCCACGUGCUGUGGCGGACGGCCAGGAUGGAGUCCCGGGACCACAUGGUGCUGGAGCUCGACGUCUACGCCACCGUGCCGGCCGCUAGUCCGGCUCCGCCUCCGCGCGCCGGAGUGGCGCGUCAGGUGGCCUGAGUGCCUGACCUCAACCGUACCUCGACGUGAUGUCACCGGACUUGGUUUUGAUUUUACCAUGCACGCUGCUCGCCUGCCGCUGUGUGUAUGGUCAAUCGUAUAAAAUUGCUUCAGCUCCGCGCCUCCGCACAUACGUUGGAAAAUUGAACAGUAGUGAUUACUAUACUGCUGCAGUGCUGCUGGUGCUACCGCUACCGUCGGUCAUAAACUCAUAAUAAGUUUGAAUUCUUUACGUUCAAAUCAACGAACCUAUGAUGGAUGUGAGUUUGUCCUAGCUCAA